UACUGCUCCGUUACGAUAACCAACCGAUCCGUUUCCGUUCUAUCAGUGCUUAAAAGCCGUCGCCAUCAGAGAACUCUACAAAAAAAAAACGAUCUAACUUAGCAGAACUAAGGAAUAACUAAGUGAAAAUGUGCCGACAAAACCUAGUAGCAUUUAAUUAAACAGUAGAAACAAGGACCACACCCGCGGAGCUGGACAAAAGCCGUGUCCUCCGGCGGACAGUGUCCGGCUGUCAGUUGGUCAAACAGUUCAUCAAUAAACGAUUCGACUACUUCCGUUUCAUUGCGUGUCCUCACCUGUGCAUGUCUGCGUGUGUCUGUGUUGUCUCUCUCUCUGCGAGUGAGUGUGUGUGUGUGUGCCAGCCGUGCGUGUGAGGAAAGGAAACUUUGCAACUUCCGGCCAAGUGACUUCGAUUUAAUUUCUUUGGCUUUUUUAUGGUCAAGGCAUUUAAUUAAUUUUACUAUGGCAAUUUGAUCGUCUGUGCUGGCCUGAACUCUGACCCCUCGCACACAAAACAAGGAGGCUUUAUAGUAAGCAGGAGGAGCAGCCAGCCACACCCAUUUCCACCGAACAACUGAGAUGUAAUUUGCACCGCAGGUGAACUUGAACUUCAACGUUCUGUGAUAGACGAGUAUACGAGCAGCCAAUCCCCCUGGGAUUCUGCCUACCCCCCAAUCGAUUCCCGAUUCAAUCAAAUUGAAUCCCGAAUCAGACAGCGAAUCGAAGGUGAUCUUAACUUUUGGAGCGGCGUUCAAAAACAGCGACAAACUGUCGACUCUGUCGAUCCGCAACUUCUCGGCAAACAUGCUGAACAAUCUUGGGGCCAAUGUGCUGGGCCCCAAGGAUUGUGAUCUGCCCAAGGCCGCGUUGACUGCGCUGCACGCAGGGGUCAACAGUUUUGGCCAACUGCCCGUGGGUCCCAACUUGGCCGAUCUUGGCGGCGGUGCAGGCGGUGGAUCCUCUGGCGGAGUGCCAGUGGGCGGUGGUGUGGCACGCCUCCACAUUUCCGGCGGACUGUGUGACAACUCCAAUGCGCUGAACGGCGGAAACGGAAACAGUGGCAACGGAAACAGCAACAACAACAACAACGGCAACAGCAACAACAACAACAUGCAGCAACAGGAUCAGCACCUGGACAAAAACAAGCAGAAGCGCCACCGCACCCGCUUCACCCCCGCCCAGCUGAACGAGCUGGAGCGCUGCUUCUCGAAGACCCACUACCCGGACAUCUUCAUGCGCGAGGAGAUCGCCAUGCGGAUCGGCCUCACCGAGUCCCGCGUCCAGGUUUGGUUCCAGAACCGCCGGGCAAAGUGGAAGAAGCGCAAGAAGACCACCAAUGUGUUCCGCACCCCGGGCGCCCUGCUGCCCUCCCACGGACUUCCGCCGUUUGGGGCCAACAUCACCAAUAUCGCCAUGGGCGAUGGCCUCUGCGGCACGGGAAUGUUUGGCGGAGAUCGCUGGGGCGUGGGCGUAAACCCCAUGACAGCUGGCUUUGGCCAGCUGAAUCAGUCAUCGCCACUCUCGUCCUCGCUGAACAGCGGCCUAAACUCGGGCAUUAACAUGGGCUCCGCCCUGGGAGCGGGCAGCUAUCAGCACUACGGCCUCAAUGCUCUGGGCGACUCCAUGAUGUACCAGCACAGUGUGGGCGGGGUCAGUUGUGGGCCCAGUGGCUCGCCGAGCGCCACCACCCCGCCGAACAUGAACAGCUGCUCGUCGGUGACCCCGCCGCCACAUUCCGCGCAGCCGAACUCCAGCCAGAACGAGCUGAACGGCGAGCCCAUGCAAUCUCACCAACAACAACAGCAGCAAUCUCACCAACAGCAGCAGCAGCAAGCUCACCAACAACAACAGAUGGCGCCACCAACACCCACACAGCAGCAACAGGAGGCGGGAAUUCCGCUCUGCCACCAGUCCAUGCAGUCGCCAACAGAUGGCGCCACCGACGACGAUGUGUGGCGGGGACACAGCAUCGCAGCGCUGCGGCGGCGGGCGUCGGAACUAAAUGCCACAGCGAUCCCCUCCUACCUGCACGCCCAUGCCGCCCACAACAACUACGAACACCACAAUUCGGUCUACUGAAAUUUGUUGAAAAGCUUCGAAAGCUUUUCGGAUUACGGGUUCUCCAGCGGAGCUCCCGACAUGAACUAGGACGUAGGAUGCAGGACGUGGUGUGGUGAAAAGCUCACAGCCGACGGAAACGACCGUUGGAGAUUCAAACUGCAAAACUGCGGCAGCGAAGCGUUAUAAGAUAACCAAAACCUAGGCUUAGGGCAUUGUACAAUUUAUGUGUUUGCAUUAUUCGUUUCCUGAUUUCCAAGAUUAAACUUAAAAGACUAUAAUGAAUGUAAACCAUGUAUACGAGAAACGAAGCUUGAGAAGGCACUAACGAUUUAUUCGAACCUAGGUCAUAAGCUAUGAAACUAUUCCCGCAUGAAUAUGUAGACACACUAGACGUAAAGAUUUGCCGUAUACGAAAACUGUAUAAACUAGAUCGAUCGCAGGCGAGGAUAUGUAGUGAAGAGUAUCCUCGGGGGCGUCACAAUAAUUUUUGGCAAGGCGAUUCCACGGAAUUCGCGCUUAGUUCGUACUUAAGCAUAAUUAUGCCUAGGAGUGUAUGUAAGUAGAUCUAUUCUCAUGUAAGUGUUGUUGUUUUUGUGUAUAGACAGUAUACUUCCGUUCCGUUGCUAUCUCUUGAUCUAACCAUACGAUACAACCACAACCCAUAGAAUAUCAAACGAGCAGCCCCAACUAUAGCAAAGUGACACCAAACUAACGCAGCUCAAGCCUCAAAAACCCAAAUCCGUUUCAGAGUGCACGCAUCCAAUGGAUUACUUUUACGAUUACCAAUUACAAAUUAUACAAAUACAAAUACAAAUACCAACAUAUAUACAUGCAUACUAUUAUGGCAUACUUGUAAUAGACUUUCUUGUAUCGUUUAAGCCUAAAUUUAAA